CUCGCGGCCUCGCGCUGUGCGAGAUUCGGGGCGAGUUGGUCCGAAGGAGGGCGCAGGGGGCCUCGCUCCUGCGGAGGCAUGCUCAACAACAUCUCGGCCGGCGGUUCCGUCCACGGCAUUUCCGGAGCAAAGGACCUCCAUACGCAGGACCUGAAACGACACGAGAAAUUGGACGGCGUUCUGGGAGCGAACUUGGCCGGAGGUCUCCCGGUCGGCGGCGGACUCACGCUUCAUCAGGAACUGAUCAUGACCAUGCCCGGAACAGGGAGUGCCUCUGCGAUCGGACACGGAGAUGACAAGCCGGCUAAGCAGAAACGACACCGAACCCGAUUUACGCCGGCUCAGCUCAACGAACUCGAGAGAUGUUUCAGCAAGACCCACUACCCCGACAUCUUUCUCAGAGAAGAAAUCGCCAUGAGGAUCGGACUUACCGAGAGCAGAGUCCAGGUGUGGUUUCAAAACCGAAGAGCAAAGUGGAAAAAGCGCAAGAAGACGACAAACGUCUUCCGAUCCCCUGGUGCUUUGUUGCCAUCGCACGGUCUGCCCCCUUUUGGAGCCAUGAAUUCUGAUCUGUGCGGUGCCGCGGGAAUGUUCCACGCUCCUGCCGAUCGUUGGGGUAUGGGUCCAGGUCUCGGUCAACUGAGUCAAGGUGGAAUGAGCAUGGGAGGUUUUGGACAAAGUUUAAGCCAGCUGAGUCAACAGAGUACGGGGAGUCUUGGAUCGAGUUUAGGAUUGACCAAUACCGGUCUUCCGAUCAGUAGUCCAUCGCAAACUGUCUACCAAACGAGCUAUGGACUCAAUUCUCUGGGAGGGGUCCACGUGUCGGCGUCCCGCGGGUCGCCGCCGGGCGGAGGUCAGAGCGGCAGCUUAGGGUCGGGCCUGAACUGCGGCCAGGGCUCGCCGGGCGGGGCGGGCGGCGUCUCCUGCAUCGGGACGGACGCCGCCAGCACGGGCGAGGCCUCCGAUUGGAGAGGCGCCCACAGCAUCGCGGCGCUCCGCCGCCGCGCCUCCGACGCCUCCCAACAAUACAGCCCUCAGCCGCCGCCGCCGCCGCCGCCCCCCGGGCCCCCCGGGCCCCCGCAAUACUCCCACGACUUGGAAUACAGCUCGGUGUACUGA